UGAGCAUUUUACGACAGACUCGUUGAUUUACGGCAUCUCUUGUAAACAACAGGUAAACACACUUCGUCGAAGCUUCCAGCUCACAUUAAAACAACAAUACACAUCGAACAAAAAUGCUUCUCAAAAAUCGCGCCAUGCUCUCACUUGGCCUUCGAAUGUGCUCCACCCAUGUGACCACAGGAACGGCGGUCGAGUCUGCAAAACCCAGUUCAGACAUGUCUGAGUUCCGCAGCGUCUUUUCCAAAGCCAAGCACAUAGCAAUCAUCACCGGUGCAGGCGUGAGUGCCGAGAGUGGAGUGCCGACUUUCAGGGGGGAACACGAGAAAUGGAGGAAGUGGGUGUCUCAGGAUCUUGCAACUCCCGAGGCCUUUUCUCGCAACCCCUCUCGAGUCUGGGAGUUUUAUCAUUACCGAAGGGAGCUGGUGUUGGACAAAAAGCCCAGUGCCGUCCACGUGGCCAUAGCAGAAUGUGAGGCCCGGCUGAAGAAGCAGGGCCGCACCGUGGUCGUGAUCACGCAGUGCAUCGAUGACCUGCACCGACAGGCCGGCUCCAAGCAUGUGCUGAAGGUUCAUGGCAGUCUGAUGGAGACGCGCUGCAUGAGCUGUGGUCAAGUAACCGUCAACAAGCGGAGCCCCAUAUGUGCCGCCUUAAAGGGCAAAGGAGCACCAGGCUUAAAUGUUGCUGAUGCCCAGAUUCCUGUGGACAAGCUGCCGAGGUGUGAAGAAAGAGACUGCCAUGGUUUGUUGAGGCCUAAUGUGGUGUUUUUUGGUGAGACUCUGGACUCCCACAUCCUGACCAAAGUGGAAAAAGAAAUAGAAAUUUGUGAUCUUUGUCUUGUGGUGGGCACAUCUUCUAUCGUAUAUCCUGCCGCCAUGUUUGGCCCCCGGGUGGCGUCCAGAGGCGUUCCUGUGGCGGAGUUUAACAUGAGCACAACACCAAAAACCGAGUACUUCACGUAUCAUUUCCAGGGUCCGUGUGGAACCACGCUGCCUCUCGCUUUAGCGCAGCACGAGUCGGAGGCUUUUUAAGAGCCACCAGGGCAACUUUCUUCUCAACAUCCGCCUGUUACUCCUUGGGAUUCCAACAGCAUUUUUCUUUUCCACAUAGAAGAAAUAACCUGUAUAAAUGUUGAAGGUUGUAGAUGAGGAAUUUGAAAUCAUGUCUCUCUUGGGAACAUCUCAUAACACUUGAACCUACUUUUUUUUUCUAUGACUGGAAUAGAGUUGAAGGAAGACUCCAUCCUCCACAUUUACAGCAAUAAAUUUAGGACUAUGCAGAUUGAGGAGGAAAAAGUGUGUAGGAAGAUUUCUCCUUCAGCUCAGACGCUGGUAAGAGAUUCAAUUGAAACACUGCACUCUAAAGUGAUGCAGGAGAACACAACUCAUGGUGCCGAUGGAUCCGCGCUCCUCUGAUGUAGAAAAACAAUCCUGUGCCUUUCCAAACUGUUUACACAACAUUAACCAAAAGGUUGCUUUAAAGCGGAAGUGUAAAUCAAUCAACGUUACCGAUGUGUUCAGAGUCCACUGUUGAGUGAAUCAGCAGAACUCACUUCUCAUAGUUUUUUUGUUUAUUACUAUUUUUCGGAUGAUCUCAAUAAAAAAUAGAAAAAAAAACAUCGGAAAUUCGCUCAUUUAUAGUGUUAUUUGUUUUUUUUAGAAAACUGUUUUUUGGUUGAAAAGGAAAAUCAAAACCUUAUUUUUAACCAUUUUAAUUGCCUAUAAACAGUAUGAAUAAUUUGUUAGAAUGUAUUGUAUUAUUACUCCCAAUGCAAUUAUUCAAAUAAAAUACUAAAUGGACACCAAAAAAA